ACACUAGCACAACUGAAAGCCAUCAAACAAAUCAAUCAAUCUAUAAAGGCAAAACUAAAUUAUACUGCAGUGGUUAAAUAAUUUAUUGUAUAUUAUGUGCAUAGUUACAUAAAACUCCAAAGUAGUUUUGGCUUAUCAAGCAGUAAUGUAAACAACGUCGAUGUGGCAGCUUUACAAAUAUACUUAAAAAAUCUGUUAAUCAAAAAUAAUAGCCUUAAAAAGCUAAAUAUGAGCAAACGUAGUUUAGAUAAUAAUAAAGAUGAUUCUAAAAUACCAGCAAAAGAACCCAAAAAACAUUGGUCUUUGGGUUUAGUAGAAUCGAUGGAAGAUCCUAAAUUAAUUUAUAAAGAAACCAAAAACCUUGUUGUCAUUAGAGACAAAUACCCCAAAGCUAAAAUACACUUUCUUGUUCUACCUCGUGACGAUAUUAGUAGCAUUUCUAAGUUAAAUAAAUCACACUUAAAUCUCCUUGACGAAUUUGGUUUAUUGCUUAAAACAAUAAAAGAGGAACAUGACUGUGAGCUACGAGCUGGAUUUCACGCUGUCCCUAGUAUGCACAGGCUGCAUAUGCAUGUGAUCAGUACUGAUAUGAAUUCUCCGUGCCUUAAAACUAAAGUCCAUUGGAAUAGUUUUACCACUGGCUUUUUUAUACUUUAUGAAGACAUUUUUAAGAAACUGACAGAAGAUGGUUUUAUACAAAAAAUAUCAAAUGAGACGCACAAAUCUCUCAUGUCAACACCUCUUAAAUGCAAUCAGUGCAGCUAUGAACCAAAGAACAUGCCACAGUUAAAACAACAUUUACUUACUCAUAUAAAAUAAUUGUAUAACAGAGGACAUAUGGAAAACAACUGAGAUGCAAAUAUUAUCCAAGUGAUUUUUUUUAUUAUUUUUGUCCAAAUACAUUACAUAAUAUUACAAAAUAGAUGUCAUUAAAAAUAUAUACAUGAUCUGUGUUGAGCGUGUUGAGCAUUAAAGACAAUCAUAUUUGGGUAAUAAUUUUGUAAAAUCAAAUUACAUAUAAGAUUUUCUUACAACAAAAAACUACCACGCCCUUGGAGUUAUAAUUAAUAAAAUUUUGUUUACUUC